CCAGCGUCUAGUGUCCCGCGGGGGAGUCCUUACCCAUGGAUCUGAUCCGAAGCUUCCACGCGAAGCUACGGUCGCUGGCCAUCACCCUAGACAGCGAGACGGCUCGGCUGCGGCGAGCACUGGACGGCGAGGAGAGCGACUAUGAAGAUUAUCCAAUGAGAAUUUUAUAUGACCUUCAUUCAGAAGUCCAGACUCUAAAGGAUGAUGUCAGUAUUCUUCUUGAUCAAGCAAGUUGGGAAAGUCAAGAAAGCAUUGGUUUCAUAAAGGCAACAAAAGUAUUGAUGAAAAAAAAUUCAGUGGAUAUCAUGAAAAUAAGAGAGUUUUUCCAGAAGUAUGGAUAUAAUCCACGUGCCAAGAAAGAUUCAGUGGGUGAACAAGAAAUCAUUGACUCUGAAUCAGAGUCCACUAAGCAUGAAAAUUUUCAAAUGCCUGAUGUGAAGGACAGUCUAUCUGAUCCUGCUGUUCCGAGGACUUUUGGUUCUGAGAAGUCUCCACGGAGUCCGCAACUUUCCGAUUUUGGACUUGAACGGUACAUGAUAUCCCAAGUUCCACCAAACCUUCCACAGGCAGUAAAUGACCAUGAGGAAGAGCCAAAAAAUUUAACUCCAUCUUCUAAACAGUCACUAGAUAAAGUACUAAAAACUCCAAAAUGUGCUCUGAAGAUGGAUGAUUUUGAGUGUGUAACUCCUAAAUUAGAACACUUCGGUAUCUCUGACUAUACUGCCUGUUUAAAUGAAGACUACACAAUGGGACUUAAAAAUAUGAAGGAGAAUAAAAGGGAAGAGGCCACAGAACCAGAACCAAUGACCAGUGAUAAUUUCUUUGUCACUCCUGGCCUCCAGCAGUUGAAAAAAAAUGAUGCUGACUGUGCAGAUUCUCCCUUAGCACCUACAUUCUGCACUCCUGGUUUGAAAAUUCCUCCUACAAAGAACAAUAGAGCUCUGGGGGGCACAGAUUAUCCAUUACCAAAAACAAAUGAUUUGGAAAUGAAAGACUGUACAUCAUUAGUUUUAAAUUCAGACAAGUGUUUUGAGAGUUUUGCGGAUCCCUCUUCUCCUGUAAUUUCUUCUUAUGAGAAUCUGCUGAGAACACCUACACCUCCAGAAGUAACUACCAUUCCAGAAGAUAUUCUUCAGAUUUUAUCAAAAUACAACUCAAACCUAACAACUCCAGUAGCAGUGAAAGCCAUGCCACCCAGCAAAGGGCUCCUCACUAAACAUGAAGGACCAAACAUCCGAGGUGUUGGCAACAAAGAAAACUGGUGAAGAGCUUGUUAACCCUGGAAUUCAGACUUCACGAGCAGGUUGGAUGACAUCAUUGGGAAUCUAUACCCAGUUAUUUUAUUAUUGUUAAAGUAUAUAGCCACAAUAUUAUAACAUUUUAUUGGUGUCUAUAAAUUAUGCUUGAUUUUUUAAAAAAAUUGCAUCUUUUUGCAAAAGUUCUAAUGGAUCCACCCACAAUAGAAACUGAACAGAAAAUUGGAAGCAGAUCGGGACUUUGUUGUUCACAUCGCCUUACAUUUUCCCCUUCUUAAAAACCAACCCAUAUUAAAGAUGAUCAUGGACACUGGUGUGAUAA